AGCAGGACGCAGCUCGGGCUGUGACAGUGUGGGGAUGAUUUGAGAGUGAGUGCAUGAACCUGUGGCUAUAACGGCUGUGUGCAGCGUGAAAGCGAUGCGUUAUAACCGAGACAUAAGCACUUCAUAGUGCAAAAGACAUGUGAGCGGGUGUCAUUCGGAAACGCGACGCAGGAGAUGUCGGAGGUGGGAUUAGUUUGGGAUUGAGACGCUGCGUUUUUACUCUAUUACUUCUGGGCUUAAUGAGUGUCCAAAGUGAGAGGAGCCUCGCUGGAAGUUUGGACGCAGCGCCAUCUUUGGUCCCAAUUCUCCAUCAGCGACCCCGGGCCUGGCUUUAAAAACACCGACAUCUCCACCAGCGGCAUCCGUGACACAGAGAUGGAGGAGCUGCAGUCACUGGACCCCCGCAGACAAGAGCUGCUCGAGGCACGCUUCAUGGGGGCAGUUAGUGGAAACACCGGGGGCAGCACGGGCAGCGCCAGCGGAGGAGCCAAGGGCUUGAUCAAUAAUGAAUGCUCCAACCACAGCUUUGGCAGUCUGGGAUCAUUAAGUGACAAGGAGUCUGAGAACUCCGAUCUGAAGCGAGGAGGCUCUCCGGCGUAUUCCACACCUGAGAAGAAACACUCUGAGACGACUAGGAGGAAGAGAAAAGCUGACAACCAAUCAGAGGCCAGCCAAGGGAAGUCUUCCGGCCGAGGAGCAAAGAUCAGCGAUUACUUUGAUUUUCAGGCAGGGAACGGCUCCAGCCCCGUCAGAGGAAUGCCGCCUGGUCUUCGUGCCCCUCACGGCUCUCAUUCUGCCCCUGGCUCCAUCGUACGACAGAACAGUUCCUCACCCACCAGCCUGUGUUUCACCGAUCAAAUGAUGCAACCAAAGCAGCUGAGUUUCAGAAGUGUGCAGACUGAUCUGACCCUGUUAAAGCUUGCUGCCCUUGAGAGCAAUAAAAAUCUUGAUCUAGAGAAAAAGGAAGGCAGAAUAGAUGACCUGCUCAGGGCUAACUGUGACCUGCGGAGACAGAUCGAGGAGCAGCAGAAACUGCUGGAACGGUGUAAGGAGCGUCUGAACAAGUGCACCACCAUGAGCAAAAAACUGCUCAUCGAGAAGAGCACCCAGGAGAAGCAAUCGUGUCGGGAGAAGAGCAUGCAGGAUCGUUUACGGCUCGGUCACUUCACCGCUGUGCGCCACGGGGCGUCCUACUCGGAGCAGUGGACAGAUGGAUACGCCUUUCAGAACCUGGUCAAGCAGCAAGAGUGGAUCAACCAGCAGAGGGAAGAUAUCGAAAGGCAGCGGAAACUUCUCGCAAAGCGUAAACCUCCGAACACAAUGCCGUCUCAGAGCCCGGCGCCUUACAGCGAGUCCAAACCCAGAAAGACCAAAACAGUGAACGGAGCGGACAACGAUCCCUUCGUCAAACCCAGCCUACCUACACUGUUGACCUUGGCAGAGUAUCAUGAACAGGAAGAGAUAUUUAAACUACGCCUGGGCCAUCUGAAAAAGGAGGAAGCGGAGAUUCAGGCCGAGCUGGAGCGUCUGGAGCGAGUCAGGAACCUGCACAUCCGGGAGCUGAAGAGGAUCAGUAACGAGGACAGCUCCCAGUUUAAAGAUCACCCAACCCUCAACGACCGAUACCUGCUGCUGCACCUGCUGGGCCGAGGAGGAUUCAGUGAGGUUUAUAAGGCUUUUGAUUUGUUUGAGCAACGGUACGCAGCAGUGAAGAUCCACCAACUCAACAAGAACUGGAGAGAGGAGAAGAAGGAGAAUUACCACAAACAUGCAUGUAGAGAAUACAGAAUCCACAAGCAGCUGGACCAUCCCAGGAUAGUCAAACUGUACGACUACUUCUCCCUGGACACGGACACGUUCUGCACAGUGUUGGAGUUCUGUGAGGGGAACGAUUUGGACUUCUAUCUGAAGCAGCACAAGCUGAUGUCCGAGAAAGAAGCCCGUUCUAUCGUCAUGCAGAUCGCCAACGCCCUCCGAUACCUCAACGAGAUCAAACCGCCAAUCAUUCACUACGACCUCAAACCAGGUAACAUCCUGCUGGUGGACGGUACGGCGUGCGGAGAGAUAAAGAUCACCGACUUCGGCCUGUCGAAGAUCAUGGACGACGAUAAUUAUGGCGUGGACGGUAUGGACCUGACCUCGCAGGGAGCAGGGACCUACUGGUAUUUACCACCAGAGUGUUUCGUGGUUGGAAAAGAGCCACCAAAGAUCUCCAAUAAGGUGGACGUCUGGUCUGUGGGCGUCAUCUUCUUCCAGUGUCUCUAUGGACGCAAGCCGUUCGGCCAUAACCAGUCUCAGCAGGACAUCCUCCAGGAGAACACCAUCCUCAAAGCCACUGAAGUCCAGUUCCCUCCCAAACCUGUGGUCAGCAAUGAAGCCAAGGCGUUCAUUCGCCGCUGCCUGGCUUACAGGAAGGAGGACCGAUACGACGUGCACCAGCUUUGCAGUGACUCAUACCUGCUUCCUCACAUCCGGCGAACCAAUUCAUCUGGAAUCCUGCAGGCCACACCCACUAGCCCCGCCUCCUCCUCUCUCAUCUCUUACUGAGCUCAUGUCUGACCAGUCAGGUGUCACGUAGUUGAAUCUUUAGUUUGUGAGCACAGGUGAGAGAGGGGGAAAUAAAACUUGAAUAUUAAUCUCACAAGGUGUGUGUGUGUGUGUGUGUGUGUGUGUGUGUGUUGGAGAGGGCAUUAAAGUUCACACUUUUCUGUUAUUGCUUUCUCAUAUCCCGUUACUGUGUGUGUGGGAGAGACGGAGCAGGUCCAGGGUAAACAUCUAAUACUUCAAGUUUCUUCUGAUAGAUAUUUCUGAAUCAAUGUUUUUCUGAAACUAAUUGUUGACCUCUGAUGUCAUCAGUUUGCACCUCUGUAAGUCCCCACGUUGGAUAUUUGGAUAUCGGACAUCGUUUCCAAGUUUUCGUGCUGAUGUUUCAGAAGGUAUUGCGAGUGUUGCAGAUAGACCAGCCUCUUCUUCUUUUAUGCAUCAUGCUUUUUUUUUGUAUUUAAUUGAAAUUUUUUAUGUGCCAUACUUUGUAUAAUAUUAAUUUAUUGAAUGGGUUUGUUUUAAAUUAUAGGUGUUCGCUUGUUUGCUUUUAGUUUUUAAAUUCUUUACUUGAUUUAUUGCCAUAUAGUAUAAGAGAGCUUAACACAGUUACACAAUCCCGCCUUGUCAGUAUAUCCUACGUAUCAAAGUGCAGUAAAGUAAACCAUCGCAAGUCGCGGUUUACUUUAGUUAGUUGUCUU